AUGGGUGCUAGACUCACAUAUAUAAAUAGUAUCAUUCUCCUAUCCGAUUGUACCAUCGCACAUAAUCUUGUCUCAUUCCACGAUUUGAAUGCGGGGUUCAGAACCAACAUUCAUUUACGUCUCCCCAAACAAACAUCCGACUUCCACACCAUGUCUUCCUCUUUGAGCACGGGUUCCUUCCAAACCCUCACUUUUCACCCUGACAACACGGUGAUUAUACAGGAUAAAAUCUACGGGGAGCACACCAUCUCAGAGCCGGUUCUAGCCGAGCUGCUUCGGUGUCCAGCUCUACUUCGACUCGCGGGCAUCGGUCUUCACGGUCAAACCGAUCUUCUGGGUAUAACCCAUACAGUGACUCGACUAGAGCACUCCAUAGGCGCGUCGCUAUUAGUGCGCAAAGUCGGCGGUAGCAUCGGAGAGCAAGUCGCAGGUCUUCUGCACGACAUCAGCCACACGGUACUCAGCCAUGACGUCGAUGGGGCCUUGUCGAAGCCAGGGGAGAGCUAUCAUGAGGUCCAAAAGUCACGGUAUAUCAUGACCACUGAGUUGCCACGAAUACUCACCAAACAUGGCUUUGUUGAUCUAAAGCCGUUUGAUGAAGAGCUUUAUCCUCUGGUGGAGAGACCCGCUCCUCAUCUCUGCGCUGAUCGUCUCGAUUACUCUCUACGAGAUGCUGUCGCGUUCGGUAAACUUGCGAUAGAGGAUGCGCGCCGCGUGUAUGACUCAUUGACAGCAUUCCCGGACGCGUCUUCACCACAUCGCUUGCUGGUUCUUCGAGACAUUGAUCUAGCCUUAGCUUAUGCUAGGGCCUAUGGUGAAUGCGAUAGGGAUGUGUGGUGCAAUCCGGCUCAUGCCGUCAUGUCCAGGAAGAUAGGUCAGUUGAUUGGGGAUCUAGUGCAACAAGGAUCGUUGAAGGAAGAGGUCCUAUGGAAUCUAUCGGACCGCGAAUUUUGGGAGCUCCUGAAAAGUAAAGUUGACUCUAAAGGAUUGGAGACGAUUAAACACAUCGAAGCAGGGCCGCAUGCGGAAGAUUAUCAUCGUCUACCUCGUGGUACCAAGAUUCGCACAAUCGAUCCUGAUCUGCUCCUCCCGGGUGCUGGGCAACCCUCCCCACUGUCUUUUGUGAAACCUGAAUGGGCUAAGGAGAGACAAGACUUCAUUCAGGCUCGCCAGGCCUUACUAGCAUCUUUUACUGUCUACAUCAACGGCGGCGUGAGCUGGGAACAAGAUAGUAUUCAGCCACAAUUCGAGAACAAUAAUCCCAUCAUGUCUGAAGCUCUGACAAACACCGACCUUCAGGGUGCUCUCCCUCUCAUCGCUCGAGGCAAGGUUCGCGACCUGUACGAUGUCGACGAGAAGACCCUCCUCUUCGUCGCAACGGACCGCAUCUCCGCGUACGAUGUGAUCAUGGAGAAUGGAAUCCCCGAGAAAGGCAUCCUCCUAACUCUAUGCACGAAAACCUGGUUCAAGAUCCUCUCCGACAAAAUCCCCUCUCUCCGCACCCACUUCCUCACCCUCGACCUCCCGCCUCAGAUCCCCGAGUCGUUGCGUCCCGUCCUCCAGAACAGAAGCAUGCAGGUGCGCAAGCUGAAGAUCCUCCCCAUUGAGGCCAUCGUCCGCGGUUACAUCACCGGUUCCGCCUGGAACGAGUACAAGAAAUCCGGCACCGUGCACGGGAUCAAGGUCGCCGAGGGUCUGAGGGAGAGCGAGGCCUUCCCUGAUGGUCCUAUUUACACUCCCAGUACCAAGGCGGAGCAGGGCGAGCAUGAUGAGAACAUUCAUCCGGAUCAGGCUGUCGCUAUUGUUGGUGAACGUUAUGCCUCUAAGAUCGCCUCUCUUGCGGUUCAGCUUUACAAGGUCGCUCACGAGUAUGCCCUUACUCGUGGUGUGAUCAUUGCCGACACCAAGUUCGAGUUCGGUUUGGAUCCUGAGACUGACGAGGUUGUGCUGGCCGACGAGGUCCUCACCCCCGAUUCAUCGCGUUUCUGGCCUAAGGACUCGUACGAGAUCGGUCGUGGACAGCAGAGCUUCGAUAAGCAGUUCUUGCGUGACUGGUUGACGAGCGAGGGACUGAAGGGCAAGCCUGGUGUGCGGAUGACCGAUGAGAUUGCGCAGAAGACCAGCGCUAAGUACCGGGAGGCAUAUGAGCGGAUCACUGGUGAGACUAAGGUUCCUGCGGUCUAG